AUGAAAACAUUAGAAUUAUCAGGACGGCUGUUUGACGUUCCAAUGGAUCUUCUAGGCCACAAAGCAAUAAAUUGGCUCACACUGUGGACCACCUGCUUCACUGCAUGCACAGCAAGCGUACCUGGCCAGCGAGAAAGUCUGAUAAAAAUGAGCAAGUAUGCCUUGAACUUACUUAAGAAGCAAUUGAGUGACAUUCAACAAGACGAUUCGCUGUUUUCGGUCGACCUCAUCGACAACGACUUCUUCAAAUGGGAAAUUUGGUUCGUCGGGCCGGCUGGAACUCUUUACGAAAAUGGAUCCUUCCAUGCGGUAUUGAAUUUUCCCGACGAUUUCCCGAAUAAUCCGCCCACGAUGAAGAUCACCGAAGAGAUGUGGCAUCCGAACAUUUAUGCAGACGGUACUGUCUGUAUAAGUAUUCUUCAUCCACCUGGAACAGAUGAAUUCAACGAACAAGAAACAGCGGAUGAACGGUGGCGUCCAAUUUUAGGUGUCGAGACAAUCAUGGUGUCCUUCAUGUCACUCCUGAGUAGCCCUAAUGUUGAUUCGCCUGCGAAUGUGGAUGCUGCUAUCGAGAUGAAGACGAAUCCUGAAGUUUAUAAACGAAAAGUUCGCAAGCUAGUCGAAAAAACUCUUGGCUGA